CCAAUAUGUUGGACAUCCAGAUUCAAGCGUAUUAUUAAUAUUGUAGUGAAUUUACGACAGUAAAUCCUUCGGUCCAACGCAUUGGAUGAAUUUACAAACGCGUUGCAUGCCCAGCUGUUUUGCUGUUUUGCCACAGUGCGCUGUUAUUUGUUUAUGAAAAUUUUGUUCAUGAUGGCCGCCUUUCGUCCUACAACUAUUGACUCGAUUUUCGGGACGAAAAAACGACUGAGAUUUGGAGUAGACGAUGAAAAAAUCGAACAACUUCUGGAUGCCGACUGUUCAGACUUAGAAUUAGAUGAUUUUUCUAAUGAUGAAGUUGAUUUCGAGAUUCAGCAAGAUAUCCAGGAAAUUGAGGACGCUCCUGAGGACAUUUUGUCUGAAGAAGAUUCUGAUGACGAGCCGCUAAGUGUGAUUAGAGAAAGGAUAACUAUUGAACGGGUUUAUAACAGAAACCGCAUGAAUUGGAAAAUAUUGAAAAACUUUAUUCCACCAAACUUCGUGUUUGAAGAACCUGUUGACAACGUCGAAUCUCGCAGAGAUUGGAAAGUUCAGGACUAUUUAAAAAUGUAUCUGGAUGAUGAGAUUCUCCAGAAUAUUUGUGAUUGCACGAAUGUGAAAUUUUUGGAAGAGAAGGGAAAAUCAAUGAAUCUAAUAUUACCAGAAAUUAAAAAGUUUAUAGCUAUUACAAUUUUGAUGUCAUGUUUGAACUAUCCCCAAGUAAGAAUGUACUGGGCAAAAACAACUAAAGUUAGUGCAAUAGCUACUGCAAUGACCAGGGAUCGAUAUUUCUUGAUUAGGAAUAAUCUGAAAUUAGUGAUCGAUAACAAUGUCACACCUCAAGAAAAAACGCUCGACCGCUUGUACAAGAUUCGUCCUCUAAUUGAUCGUAUUCGGAGGGGGUGUUUGAUGUUACCGAGAUACUCAGAAGUUGCCAUCGAUGAACGAAUGAUUCCCUUCACUGGAGUUUGCAGAAUGAAGCAAUUCAUUAGAGGUAAGCCUAAUCCUGAGGGACUGAAAAAUUUUGUUUGUGCGACCCCUGACGGGCUUAUUCUCGACUUGGAAAUUUAUCAAGGAAAAAACACUUUUUUACAUGAGAAAUCUAAAAAUCUAGGAAUCUGCCCUUCAUCUGUUAUCAGAUUAACUGAAACCUUGAAAGAAGGAACGCAUAUUUUCAUUGACAGAUACUUCACCACAAUACCGCUUCUGGAAUACAUGUUGGAAAAAAAGAUGACAGUCACCGGUACAAUAAUGAAAUCUAGAAUUCCCAGGAGUGUGCAUUUAACACCUGAAAAGACAAUGGCAAGACUUGGGCGAGGUUCUUCAGAAAUGUCAGUUAGGGCAGACGGAAAAAUUUCGGUGGUACAUUGGUACGAUAUGAAAAGUGUUCUGAUUGCUUCUACGGCUUUACAAGUAGAACCUCAAGACGAGUGUAAGCGAUGGUCCAAAAAAGAAACCAAAUACAUAAACAUCCCAAGACCGAACAUAGUCAGCAAAUACAAUUCCUGCAUGGGGGGAAUCGAUCUGAUUGACAGAAUGAUAAGUUAUUAUCGUAUCAGCACCAGAACAAAAAAGUGGACAGUGAAGACUAUUCUUCAUUUAAUGGACUUGGCAGUAGCUAACUCGUGGAUUCUAUACAGAAACGAUAGAAAAAAAUUAGGUGACAGAUCUGCAGAAAUUUCGAAAUUUCUCGAUUUCUUAUGCAAAUUAUCUAUUUGAAAUUGCAAACCUGGAGAGUGCCACUGAAAAUAAAUUACCAUCAAUAAUAACCAGAAACAGUUUCCACAUGUCUGUUUCGCAAGUUUCCUCCCCAUCUGCUUCAAAAGGGAAAAAUCUACAUCUACCAAUUGUGGCGAGUGAACUCAAGAACGCAGAUGUAAAAAUCCAGGUUGCAAAUUGAAAACUAAAUUUUAUUGUGAGAAAUGUACCCUAUUUUUGUGCUUGACAGGUAGCAAUAAUUGCUUCAGAAAUUUUCAUUUGAAUAAUAAUCUACAAUGAUAUCGUCCUGAUGUCCAUCUCAUUGGACAUUAUUUUUUUUGUACUUCCCCUUGAAUGAAAUUUUUCAAAAAAAUUUUGUGACGUUUUCAGUGUUAAAUGAACCGAAAUCCCAAAUAUCACCUUUAUAUCACCUUUAAUAUUAUGUCUGGACUCAGGAGGAUAGGUUAAUAAAAUAUAAUUUAAGGGUCAUAUACUUACCAGGAAAGGAAAUGCACAUAGCUGAUGCUUUGUCACGAGCGAGCAUUGUUGAUAAAUCUGUCACUGAAGUCGAGGAUUUAAGAGUUCAUAGUAUAACUAAAUCAUUACCAAUGUCUGAAGAAAGAAUCAAUGAAUUCGUUGUAGCUACGGAAAAUGACGAGAUACUAAGGCAAUUAAAAAUUGAGAAACCAUGUUGGUUAGGUGUUGUACCACAAGUCAACUAAUUAUUUUAGUUAUUAAAUAGAACAUUGUAUCAUAGAAUUGUAUUUAAUAUUUUUGAUAUGCAAAUUUUGAAUUGUGAUAGAUUCGUUGAAAUGAUAGGAGUUGUUGUGAACCAACUUGGGGGAGAGGAUGUAAGGUUAUUGAGUAACUUAUCAAACAUUAAUAUGUAUGAUUGAUUGCCUAUAUUCCGAGUUGCUCAGUAGCUGAAAUCCCCUC